AUUGUAUGCGACCUGACCGGAAAACAUCCCGGCCGGGCGGAGCGGAGGUAGGCAGAGGAAAGAUGGCAGCCGCGGCAGUGGCUGAGUUUCAGAGAGCACAGUCUCUUCUUGGAACAGACCGGAAUGCCUCUAUCGAUAUUUUACAUUCUAUAGUGAAGCGGGACAUCCAGGAGAGUGAUGAGGAGGCGGUUCGUGUUAAAGAGCAAAGCAUCCUGGAGCUGGGUGGGUUGCUGGCAAAGACUGGGCAAGCUGCAGAGCUCGGGGGUCUGCUGAAGUAUGUACGGCCCUUCCUCAAUUCCAUCUCAAAGGCAAAGGCAGCCCGGUUGGUCCGCUCCUUGCUGGACCUUUUCCUGGACAUGGAGGCUGCCACAGGUCAGGAGGUCGAGCUCUGCCUGGAGUGCAUAGAGUGGGCCAAGGCUGAGAAGAGGACCUUCCUCAGACAGGCACUAGAGGCUCGUCUCAUCUCCCUGUAUUUCGACACAAAGUGCUACCAGGAGGCACUACAACUCGGCUCCCAGUUACUGCAGGAGCUGAAAAAGAUGGACGACAAAGCCCUGCUUGUGGAGGUUCAGCUGUUGGAAAGUAAAACAUACCAUGCACUCAGUAACUUGCCCAAAGCCCGCGCCGCCCUUACGUCUGCCAGAACAACCGCCAAUGCCAUCUACUGCCCGCCCAAACUGCAAGCAGCUUUAGACAUGCAGUCAGGGAUCAUUCACGCAGCAGAGGAGAAAGAUUGGAAGACGGCUUAUUCUUACUUCUAUGAGGCGUUUGAGGGCUACGACUCCAUUGACAGCCCCAGAGCCAUCACAGCCCUCAAAUACAUGCUGCUCUGCAAAAUCAUGCUCAAUGCCCCAGAGGAUGUGCAGGCCCUCAUCAGUGGCAAACUAGCUCUACGAUAUGCUGGACGACAGACAGAUUCACUGAAAUGUGUGGCACUUGCCAGCAAGAACCGGUCGCUUGCAGACUUUGAGCAGGCACUUACAGAGUACAAAGCAGAGCUGAGGGAUGACCCCAUCAUCAGCAACCAUCUGACCAAGCUGUAUGAUAACCUGCUGGAGCAGAACCUCAUCAGAGUCAUUGAACCUUUCUCCAGAGUCCAGAUAGCACACAUUUCCUCCCUCAUCAAACUCUCAAAGGGAGAUGUGGAAAGAAAAUUAUCACAGAUGAUCCUGGACAAGAAGUUUCACGGUAUUUUGGACCAAGGGGAGGGUGUGCUGAUUGUGUUCGAGGAGCCGGUGGUGGACAAAACAUACGAGGUUGCCCUGGAGACCAUUCAGAACAUGAGCAAAGUGGUCGACUCGCUCUACAACAAAGCCAAGAAACUCACAUAAGAGAGAAUGAAACCAUGGGUCCUUAAGUCUGGAGUUACGUCGGCCAGUCAGACCUCCGUUGAUCAAUCAGUUCAACCCGGGAGGGACGAGGGGAGGAGGAUGAGGAGAUUACGAACACUAAACGACCCAGCAAGCAAACAAACAAAC